UGUUUCACUCGGACUUUUCAGCUAACCACUGCAAUGUGAGAAACUCCAACGAGCAGCAGCCCAUCGCCACACCAAUGGGACAACAUGUUAGGAACACCGCAGGGGACGAAGUGGUUUCAGUGGUGAAUGCUGUUGGUUUAGGUCCUCCUGUGACUCAACUGAGGAAGACAUGAGGACACCAGUUUCUCCUCCAGGACCUGAUAUCUUAGUGUGAGCCAAGUAUGCGGUCUCAGGCAGCCUGAGGGGUACAUUUUAUCCCCAGAGUUGUUGAGAAGAAGGAAGAGUAACUACUUUUUAGUCUACAUCAGCUAAUGUCCUCAGGACUCCCUGGCUCAGCCUCUGUCUUAUAUUGAACUCUGAGGGUCACUGUUAGUUAGAGUGUGGACCACUUCCUCAGGAAAAAAAAGCCUUAUGUGCCUGCCUUUCUUGAGCUUCAUGUGAGCAUCAGGUGCAUCGCUACCGAGAGCUAACAGUGUCCCGCUGACUUGCAGCUAGGUCCAAACGUUGCUGUCCCUGCAUCCGUGGUGGCAGUUAUGUUCACUGUUGUACAGGAUUUAUCAAGAACUUGUAGUCAAUCUACAUUUCCAACUCCAUUCAGCUGGAGGUGACAUCUCAACAGUCAUUCCUACUGAAGAACCACCCAUUGAGAGGGGAGCCACAAGGAGGAUCGCGGUCUUUUAGGGAAGAGAACCCUCUUCCACCUCAGGCUUUAGUGUUAUCUCGACUGUUAAUUCCACUCUCCAUCCUCAACCUCUGCCCCUGAACUCAGUCCUCUAUACAUAACUCCAUCUUCACUGGGCGGUGCCAUGCCCACCAACCAAUCCUCCCCCUGGGGUGGGGGGAAGCUUCGGACUUGCUCCAACGCUGAUAGGCCCACCACUGCAAGUACACACGCCAAGACAGUUGCGGCCACUAAAGUGCCUUUUAGUCAGACUUCCCUUGAGCUGUCCAGGAGAAAGGACCAAGCCAGACCUCGCUCCUCUAGUUCAGCAGUGACCCCAUCUGUGCUUUCUGUACGGGAGAAUGGGGAUGGAAAUAAAACCAACACCCAGAGCCAAUUCACCGCUGUGCCAGAUGGGUCUCCAAAAAUGCCACAACAACUUAAUGGGAUUCAAAACCCACACUGGGUACUGGCAGCAGGACUGAAGCAGACUGGUACCAUGCAGAAAUGUAUGUCGCUUCAAGCCUCUCAACCUGGGAACGGUUUAGCAAUGAGCCGACGUCAGGGCGCCGCAGGUGAUGUGCCGCUGGGAUUGGAGUCUCUCUUGUCAGUUUGUCAUCAAGACCUGUUGAUCAGAGGACAGCCCUCUCUGCAGCAAACGAACAAGUCGAUGCCUGAAGCUGCAGACUGUUCCUCCUUGCCUUCAGUGCCUCCUCUAUGCCUUACUCUCGGUGAACAUCUGGGCGCAGCGUUGGGAAAGGAUGCCUCCUGUUUUGACAGCACAAAAGCAGAAAUAAAAAGCACAACAAGAGAAACAACAACUACACGGAGGAGCCAUUCAGCAAAACCAGCAGCAAGAUGCAGUCAGACACAAAGCAGCUGCACAACAGUAACUGCUUUAAACAGUCAGUUGCUAGUGAGAGGUGGUCCUCCAGCAGUGGUGGUAGCAACUACAAUCAGCAAGCCCCAAACUAUGGCAUCACUGGACCUGAGCAACAAGCAGGCCCCAGAAAGUCAGUGUCCACCAGGAAGCACCUUGUCCACAUGCAGAAAAGUCUGUCCUCCAGUAGCCAGUCCCAUUCCAGAUGGCCCCAUGCCAAGUGUUCUCAGUGCCAGUGUCAGUGCCACUCAGGAGAAGCAGCCCACACCGCCAGAAGCCGUCACAGAUGUGGCUUCCUGUCCUGCAGGAGCCUUGGUGGGCUCUGUGACCACUCAGAUCUCCACAAUCCACCUCACCAGGCAGGGACAGCAAGCCUCCAUGUCACCUUCAUCUCCAUUCCCCUCCUCUCCCUGGCCGGCAGAGGAGUGUCCUGCUGGAGAGACUCAGCUGUCUGGGCAGGAGUGUGUUAUGCAGGUGGAUGGAGUUGAGGAGGAGCUGCCUGAUGAGCUUGAGAAUGCCUGUAGUGACGACGAUGACUCCGACUGUUCAUCCUCGUCCACAGCAACAGCAUCCAUCACUCUCCUUUCUGGCAUUGAGGAGCCGAUGUCAUUGGGGGCGGAAGAUGACCGAGAGGAGAAACCAGCUUUGGUUCCCAGUUUGUUUCCCCUCAUCCCUCCGACUCUCUACUUCAGCACCGCCAAUGAGAAAGUGGAGCUGCUGCCCGCAGAACAAAGACGACUGUUAAAGUGGAAGAUGAGCGCCGUCACGCCAAAUGUGGUCAAACACACCAUUGCCAGGUCACACUUCAAAGUCACCAAGAAAAGCCACGACUGGUUGGGCUGCUGGGGACACCACAUGAAGUCUCCUGCCUUCAAGUCCCUCGGAGAGCACCAGAAGUUGAACCACUUCCCUGGAACGUUUCAGAUUGGUAGAAAGGACCGGCUGUGGAGGAAUCUGUCUAAGAUGCAGGUUCGCUUUGGCAAACAAGAGUUCAGCUUUUUCCCCCGCACCUUCGUCCUCCCUCAGGACAUCAAGCUGCUUCGCAAGGCCUGGGAGGACAGUGGCUCCAGGCAGAAGUGGAUCAUCAAACCUCCCGCAUCAGCCAGAGGAAUAGGUAUCCAGGUCAUCCACAGAUGGAGCCAGUUGCCCCGCAAGAGACCGCUGCUGGUCCAGAAGUACCUUCACAAGCCCUACCUCAUCGGCGGUAACAAGUUUGACCUGAGGAUCUACGUCUACGUGACAUCCUACGACCCGCUCAGAAUUUACAUCUUCUCUGACGGACUGGUUCGAUUCGCCAGCUGCAAAUAUUCAUCUUCCAUGAAGACUCUGGGUAACAAGUUCAUGCACCUGACCAACUACAGCGUCAACAAGAAAAACUCAGAAUACCAGGAUAACAGCGAUGACAAGGCCUGCCAGGGACACAAAUGGGCUUUGAAGGCCUUGUGGCAGUAUCUUGGUUCCAGGGGAGUCAACACCACUCUGAUCUGGGAGAAGAUUAAAGACAUUGUGAUCAAAACCGUCAUUGCCUCCGAACCGUACGUUAACAGUCUGCUGAAGAUGAACGUUCGGACACCCUACAGCUGCCACGAGCUGUUCGGCUUUGACAUCAUGCUGGACGAGAACCUCAAACCCUGGAUCCUGGAGGUCAACAUAUCGCCAAGCCUCCAUUCAAACACGGCGCUGGAUGUCUCCAUCAAAGGUCAGAUGAUCAGAGACCUCCUGAACCUGGCUGGCUUCCGUAUACCCCAAAGAGAAGAUGUGAUCGCCCCCUGCAGUAGCGCCUCCAGCUCCACCAGCAGUCUGUGUGGGGGGACCAGGGAGAAGACCAAGCCAGAUCUGUCUGCUGAUGAGAAGGUGAAACGAGCCUUUUACCUCACACAGCGCUACGCCGACCAGGACUUCCUGUCCACUCUGCUGGACGUGUUGACUCCAGAGGACGUCCGUGUGCUGGCAGAGAGUGAAGACGAGCGGAACCGCUGUGGAAAGUUCGAGCGAGUUUUCCCAUCACCGUCGUCGUCUCGCUACCUCCGCUUCUUCGAGUGUCCGAGGUACCUGAACAUCCUGCUGGACCAGUGGGAGCAGAAGCACUGGAACAACAGGACAAAAGGUAUCAGUCUGCUGACGACUCUGUGUCAGAAAGGAGUCCAUUUGGGAACCAGCGACCCCGCUCACAUGUGGUCCAAGUGUAGCUACAUCUCUAGGUUUGAACCCCACAGACAAGACCUCGUCAGCCCAUCCAGAGCCAGGGUGGUGGUCAGCCAUCGGCACCGUUCCCAUGACGACGAUAAUGACGACGGCUCAGACAGGGAGGUCGCUUCAGUCUCUAGCCUGCCCGUUUCACCAAGUCCUGGAUCCAGUGUCACCAGCAGUGCCUGUGCAAGCCCUCAGCCCAGCCCCUCCCAGAGUCUGCUGCCCCAACAGUUUGCCUCACUCUGAGACUCAGUUCACUAACAUGAUGUUUAGGACCCAGAACAGACACACAUCUCAGGGUGUUAGCCCUAACCUCUCACACCCUUCUACUGAUCUUUCAUGUCUAAAUGAAUGAGUACUGUACUUAGGACAAUAGGCUUGAAGCCCAGUCUUAACAAACACUGUAGAAGGGAGGUUUUGGUCUUUAGCAGAACAGUAACUAGUAUGUACUAAUGGGGUUUUUGCAGGAAAUGGAGGAAAUACUUAAAGAUUGGCUAUUUCAGUCAGUAUCCUUUCAAGUCUCCUCCAUUACUGCAACACCAGUGAAAAUAUAACACUUAAAGGACCAUACCAGUGUUUUUUUUCAUGUUUUGAUAUAUGCCAACUUUAGUUGAAAUGCAUUCUUAGCUUCUGAGCAGCCAGUGCUUUCCAGUCAUUUCUUUGCAGUAAGAAAACUGAGCUGCAGAAACUUGAAACAUGCUCAUACAUAAUCCAUCACAGUGAGCUUCACUGUCUGCAUCAUUUGUCAAAUUUACAUGAUUAUAUGGCAGUGCAGUGCAGACUCUUUCAAAUCAGUCAGUUGCUUAAGCAUGAAAAGGCUUUGACAACCAUAAAGCAGACAUUCAUUUUGAGACCACUGCUUUGGCACAGUGGGGAACCGUACGCCGUAAGGCAGCGCAGCGGGCAAUCGAGUAGCUACACACCUGGAGGAUACUUAAUAACGAGAACUGUGUUUUUCCAAUGUUUGCCACGCAAUCGUCUUGACAGAGAAUGAAAUGAUUGUAGUUUUAGAAUCUGCUGGGCAGUGUUUGGCUAAAGAUAACUCUUUAAUUCGGGGACGUAUUCCUCAAACUGGAUGGUACCUGUAGUCACUGACGCCGCGCCAUUUUCGGUGAACACCCGCUAGGAACAAGACCCUCAGAUCCCAUCUGCCACACGUCUGUCCUUGCUGGCUGUUGGUACUAAACUUAAACUGUGAAUAAGGCCUGCUGGGCCUCCUUACAGCCUACACCGCAAAGCAGCAUUAGCACAGGCUGCUGGGUUGUGUGUUUUAUGAACUCACAUUAGCAAGAAUAAAGCUGCCAAGUCAACAUUACCAUACACAAUGGGAACUGAUAAGAUUUUAUUGAUACCAAUAACAUUAUCUAUUCUGCUUAUUAGUGAUUCUUUAUCCUUUUCUGUGUGUGGAAAAAAAUAGGUUUUCAGCAUAAACAAAACACUUUAAUGACAGUGUAGAAACAGAGUAGAAAAAAGGUAGCCUGAGAGCUAGCUGUGGCAACAAUCUGUCAUCUAAAAAUGAAUGAAAUGAGAAAAAAAAUCUGCUGAGUCUGCCUGCAUGGCGCUAAUGUUUUUGUACCAUCUGAUAUUGACCCUCAGUGACAGACGUGCUGCUCGCUGGGGAAGUGGUAGCACUCGUGUGUAGUGUCAAAUACAUGGCAUUCCUGGAAGUUGAGCCCAUUUUUGCGUAGAAAUAUGUUUCAACAUAUUGCUGCUGUUUCCACUCUUACUUGAAAUAAUCAUUUUACAGACAUUACAAAGAGCACUGUCAUCUUUCAUUGUGAAAUGAAGCCACGCUUUGGACCGUUACUUCCUCUCCACCGAGUUUCCAGCAGCGUGGACGCAAGUGUUGGACGUCAUCGUUAAGCAAUGCACAAAUGUCAGAAAACGUGACGGCAUCUGCUCGAUCUGAGGCAUAUAAAUCCGAUGGAUUGGACAAUGCUGAGCCGUUGCUUGAUUCCCGUCCCUGUACGGAAAACGAUGGCCCAAAGUUGUGAUAAAUAAUGACACAGUACUGUGAUUACUCUCAUGUCUUGAAUCUAAGACUGUUAAGGCGUUAAGGGGUUGGGCAACUGAAUGCACAAGUGUUAUGCAAUGAACUCAAAGGCGAAAAACAUAGCCAAAUAAAGACUAUCACUGGUUGAUGGUGUUACUGGUGGUUUUCACCCAAACCUCAUUUGAUUCAUGAUGUUGACUUACAGUAUGUUAGAGAUACUUGAAGGUGAAAACUAAUCAGUUUGACUUGCAUGUUAGUAGACAAGAAAAUGACCAACAAAAUAAAAAAGGGCUUUGGUUUUUCUGUGUGACUAUUAACAAAUGAUAAUAUAUAGAGAAUUCCUUCAAAGUUGCCAAACGCAAGUCCAGUACCAGAAUUUAACCCUGCAGUGUACGUUCAUUAACACAAACGUCUUUCCGUUCCUGUUCAAAUACUAUAAUAUAAAAGUAUGACUUAAUCUCAGAGGUUCUAAACUGAGAGCGGGUCUGCUGUUCAGUGUUUGCUGUUUGAGAGGAAACCGCUUCAAGAAUUCUUCUGUACCCUCAGGAAAAAGAAACGUAUCUUAUUUCAAAAAUAUUCAUCUACUGUGAGGAGACUAUCAGAAAACGUAAAACUUACUUGAAGUUGAAAAUGUUUGGGUCGGCUUUCUCUUAAAGCCCACAUCCAUUGUACCAAACUGACAGGCUGAGCUGGGGUAGAUGAGCUAAUUCAUUAGGAAUUCCUAUCCCAGUGGACCUUAUUUGGAAAUAAAAAUGUCUUUAAUUUCUGCUGUGAGAAGUUACAAGAGAAAAGUGUGGAAGCUAACUUGUUUACAAAUGAGUUUUAUUAUGCAAUUCACUAACAGAUGCCAAACUGCUGUGAAGUGUCUGUGUUAUGCUCAUGCAAGAUUUUAUUAACACUUUGUUAUACAUGAACUUAUUAACUUAUUAACCUAAUUUUGACAUAGGUCAGUGCAUUAAAUAAAAUAGAAUGUUACGUGGAAGCACAAAGUGGCGUCUGAAGGCUUUUCCCUGGUGUUACAGAGUGACUGAAUGCUCCUCACAGCUCACACACGAAGGGCCCAUUCACACAGAGAGGCAGAGGAGAAAUGCUUUUAAAUGUCCUGUCUUUCAAGUAGGACUGCAACUAGUGCUCAUUUCAUUCAUCAGUCAUCUGUUUUAUGACUUUAUGUAAUAACUGAUUCAUCGUUUAGUCCAUAAAAUGUGAUUAAAUGGAGGAAGAAAAGGCUAUCACAGUCUCCCAGAGCCCAAUGCGGCGUCUUCAAAGUGGCUGCUUUGUCCCAUUAACAGAAAUGCACCAUAUAUCAAAUCCUCAAAUAUAUGAAGCUGGUAGCAGUGAAUGUUUAGCAUUAUUGCUUCACAAAUGACAAUUAGCAAAAGGUACAGAAACUACCUCCUUAGGUUUAGGAAAAUAUGGCAAAUUAUGUACCUGACAUAACUUACGUACAUUACUUUAAAGUAUUUAAAAGUUUUUACUUUUAGUUUCACACAGGACACAAACAGCAGUCCCCUUCUGGGUCAUAUGCAGACUUUCUCGCUUUAUACUACGUCACCUGACUUUGACACAUACCUACAGUGUCAUAUUUUGAAGCAGAGGUCCACUGACCAAGCGGCAGUAUUUGAAGACUUGGGAGUGAGACAGUGUUGGCCCUACACGGUAUCAGCCAAGCAUCUCACGUCCACCUUAAGGAGCACAAAGUCUGCAUAAACAGGCCAUCACAGGUGGUUUUGUGUUUUCACAUAUUUAUGAUACGACAUCUUAAAUAUAUUCCAUAUAUUACAACUUGUCCUAUUCUACAGGUAUCUAAAAGUCGUUCAACACAGCUCUUAAAUAAUGACUCAGCAGGGUUUCAGGGGCCCUUGACGCAUUAAAUAUUGAGUUUAUAAAUGACUGUUCUAUUGGAGAAAAAUCAGUCUGGAGUCUUAAUGCUUUCAUAUGACAGAAGUUAGAAUCUGCCCCGAUGCAUUCAGCAGGUUCCUCUUUACACUGCAGCCACGCCACCAUCUUGUUUACUGGCUGCAUUUCAGAGUUGAUACAUGUUAUAAAGUUAAAUGAUAACACUGUUUGAGGUUGUUUUUAACUUAACAGAAAUAUUAUAAGCAAGUGGAGAUGACAAUAUUUUUUACUAACUCACAAUUGUAAAAUGUCCGUGUGAAAGGGCUGUAUGAAUUGCUCAGGAUGACAAUUUAAAAAUAAAAGUUAUUUGUGGUACAA